AAGGCUAUCAUCGACAGAAUCACACAGCAACCAUGAGGUCUCUGGUCUUCGUUCUGCUCAUCGGAGCUGCCUUUGCCACGGAGGAGGACAAGAUUGUCGGAGGGAAGGAGUGCACUCCCUACUCCAUGCCCCAUCAGGUGUCUCUGAACUCUGGCUACCACUUCUGUGGAGGCUCCCUGGUCAACGAGAACUGGGUGGUGUCUGCUGCUCACUGCUACAAGUCCCGCGUGGAGGUUCGUAUGGGAGAGCACCACAUCAAGGUCACCGAGGGAAACGAGCAGUUCAUCAGCUCCUCUCGUGUCAUCCGUCACCCCAACUACAACUCCUACAACAUCGACAAUGACAUCAUGCUGAUCAAGCUGAGCAAGCCCGCCACCCUCAACCAGUACGUGAAGCCUGUGGCUCUGCCCAGAAGCUGUGCCCCCGCUGGCACCAUGUGCACCGUCUCCGGCUGGGGAAGCACCCAGAGCUCCACUGCUGACGGCAACAAGCUGCAGUGCCUGAACAUACCCAUCCUGUCCGACAGGGACUGUGAUAACUCUUACCCCGGCAUGAUCACUGAUGCCAUGUUCUGCGCUGGAUACCUGGAGGGAGGCAAGGACUCCUGCCAGGGAGACUCUGGUGGACCCGUCGUGUGCAACGGAGAGCUGCAGGGUGUUGUGUCCUGGGGCUACGGAUGUGCUGAGAGGGACAACCCCGGUGUCUACGCCAAGGUCUGCCUCUUCAACGAUUGGCUGGAGACCACCAUGGCCAGCUAUUAAGUCUGAUCCUGCGACCACCAUCUUACUCUGCUGCCUUUCUUCCAUCAUCCUCUCCACUGUUGUUGUUGAGUUUUGAAUAAUGUGCAAUCUGAGUAAAUAAAGUCCUACACCUUGACUUUCAAA